CCACUCCCUUCUUCUUUUCCCCUCCUCCCCCACUUCCACCUCCCCCUCCUUCUCCUCCAUCCAUGGCUCCAAGCCCCAAGCGCACCGCCAAGGAGAAAUCCAGGAAAGGCUUGGCCUCUGCAAUGGACGAUGAUGCCGAUGAGGAGGAGGAGGAGGAGGAAUUGACCACGGCUGCUGCUGGAGUUGGGCGACAGGACGAUAAGAAGCGCAAGGGAUUCGUUGGCCCUGUCCGGAGAGUUGCUGGCGCUGCCGCCGGCCACCCUUGUUGCCAGGCGGAGCACUGCAAAGCUGAUCUCACUCAGGCGAAGAGGUAUCACCGUCGGCACAAGGUCUGCGAGGCGCAUUUCAAGGCUCCCGUUGUCGUCGUCGCUGGACUUAGCCAAAGGUUCUGCCAGCAAUGCAGCAGGUUCCAUGAGCUUGCAGAGUUUGAUGAAACAAAACGGAGCUGCCGCAGACGUUUGGCCGGCCAUAAUGAGCGGCGCAGAAAGAGUUCUUCUGAAUCUCAAGGUGAAGGCUCAAGCCACUGUAGGCAGUCUGAUCAAGGCGGGAGGAUUCCGAUAACUAUCCCUGGAAAUCCCACCUACAAGCAUUUCCAGAUCAGAUAAGCUACAUAGCAUGCUCUCUCUCUUCUGUCAUCCUGUGGCUUCCGUACUUAAUCGCUAAAUGUUCUCUACAAACAUAUGUAUAAAAACAUAUUUGGGUUGCCCUGCGACACUAGUUAAUAGCAUGCCUGCUGCAAAUGAUACUUUGCUUGACUAUCUAUCUUUUUAUCUUAAUUGAAGAAGUUGUUGUUCUUUGUUUGUGUGGAAAA